GACUGACUCUCUGUCCUUGUAUUUUAUGUAUGGACAUCAGAUCAGGGAUGCGCGCAGUUGCUUGGCUGCGUUUUGCUUUAAGGUGCCACACAACACACCCCUAGGGACCUUUCUCACUUCUUUCUUUCCUUCUUUCCUGCCUCUCACUCUUUCUCUUUCUUCUCUCUCUCUCCCUCAUUCAUCCCUUCCAUCGUUUAUUCCUUCAAGUCAUCCCCUCGUCACUCGUUCGACUUGUUUAUUAUUCUUUCUAAUUCUCACUCUCGUUAUUCCUCUUUCCACGAAAUCUCCGUAGCUUUCAAGCUCGUUGUUAAAUCCUCUGCAAUUCUAAUUGUCUCUUUGUACUACUCUUGGAUCACUGUAUAAUUUCUUCGCAUUCCAAUUUCCCUGUCAGAAUGAAGGGCUCCUCUAUCACUGCUGCGCUCUCUUUGAGUGCUUCCUCUGUCCUGGCGGCCCCUGCACUCCAGGCCCGUGAUGAUGUUACCGCCAUUACAGUCCAGGGUAACGCAUUCUUCAAAGGCAAUGAUCGUUUCUACAUUCGUGGUGUCGACUAUCAACCUGGUGGUUCUUCCAAAUUGGCAGAUCCCAUCGCCGAUGCCGACAGUUGUAAGCGGGAUAUCGCCAAGUUCAAGGACCUUGGCCUGAACACCAUCCGUGUCUACUCCGUCGAUAACUCGCAGAACCAUGAUGAGUGCAUGAACGCCCUGGCAGAUGCUGGCAUCUACCUGGUUCUUGACGUCAACACUCCCGAUUACUCCCUCAACCGUGAAGACCCCGCAAGGUCCUACAACGAUGUGUAUCUCCAGUACAUCUUCGCAACGGUCGACAAGUUUGCCAAGUACAAGAACACCCUGGCUUUCUUCUCCGGAAAUGAGGUCAUCAACGACGGUCCUUCGUCCAAGUGUGCUCCUUAUGUGAAGGCCGUGACCCGUGACCUUCGUUCGUACAUCCGCGCUCGUGGCUACCGCGAGAUUCCCGUCGGAUACUCUGCUGCCGAUAUCGAUACCAACCGCCUUCAGAUGGCUCAGUACAUGAACUGCGGUACCGAUGACGAGCGUAGUGACUUCUUCGCUUUCAACGACUACUCGUGGUGUGACCCCUCCUCCUUCAAGAUCUCUGGCUGGGAUCAGAAGGUCAAGAACUUCACUGGCUACGGCCUUCCUCUCUUCCUGUCCGAGUACGGAUGCAACACCAACACCCGGAAAUUCGAGGAAGUCAGCGCCCUGUACUCGACUCAGAUGACUGGCGUUUACUCUGGUGGUUUGGUCUAUGAGUACUCCCAGGAAGCCAGCAACUAUGGACUCGUCAAUAUCCAGAACGGCAAGGUGUCUACCCUUGCUGACUACGAUGCUCUGAAGUCUGCCUUCGACAAGACCAGCAACCCCCAGGGUGAUGGCGGCUACAACAAGACUGGUGGUGCCAGCGCUUGCCCGGCCAAAGACUCUCCUAACUGGGACGUCGACAACGAUGAUCUCCCUGCGAUCCCCGAGCCUGCUAAAAAGUACAUGACCCAGGGAGCUGGUGCCGGUCCGGGCUUCUCUGGCUCUGGUAGCCAGACUGCUGGAACAGCAUCCAGUACCACUGCUCAGCCAGGCUCUGGUUCCUCUGUCGCCGCCGCCAACGGAACCGCUUCAACCUCGAGUGGAGCUGCUUCUGGUCUCCAGAUCCCUAGCCUGAACCUUGUGCCCCUCGUUGUUGGAAUGGUGACUAUUGGUUCGAGCCUGCUGGGCGCCGGUCUCAUUCUCGUCUAAUUGACGGAUUCCGGCAUUUCCCUCACGAUCUCAGCCUUUUUUUUUUUUUUC